GUGAUUAAAGAUUGUGUUUGUUUAUCAUGGAAGAUAGGAAGAAUAAAAAGUAGAAACAUGUAUGGAAGUAUGCAGCAGCAUAAUGAUACAGACGGGGAAAAGAUGAAGAAAAAAAGAAACGACAUGGGCGCGAUUCGAAUGCAAAGCCAAAAUUAUCGUGGGUCUCUUUUUUUCCCUUUUCACUCAACGCGCCACCGCUUCCUAUGUGGUACGCGACUUGGGCGAACUCCAAAGUCUACAACAUCAAUCGCCCAAGUUUAGUCAUUUUUACUGUGCAAUUAUAGAUUCAGCAUGUCUUACUAUGAUAUUGACUCUAUCUUAACAGAUGCGCAGAAAUUGCCCUGCACGUUUGAGCUCGAGGUGCCGGGGCUUGGCAUUCUAGAAGGUAACCCGGGAGAAAAUAUCAAAGCAGGGACUCGGAUUGAUCUACCAUUAUGGCUGGGUGAGAUGCUUUCUAUCGGAGCUCGUCUGGGGACUUCACGUCUGGUCGCUCUCGAUCUACCAGACGCAUUAUCAGAGCGGGUGAUGAACGCGUUGAAGGCUGAUCCCCGGACGCUGGAUCUGCGUUCGCUGGCACCGCAUUUCUACAAUCUAAGCGAGCGAAUCCUCGAGCUUUUCGAGGAGGAAGAGAUGGUGGACAUCCUGAGUAAUACGUUCAAAAAGCGUGCAGCGGAGAUUGCUGACCAUGCACACAACCCGCGGGGUGCUAUGGGUGAGGGUGUCGAGUUUCUGCGUGGACUGGACGAGACCGAACGACAAUUGUUUCGAGUUGCUCAUGAUAGCGCCAAGGAGAUGCGAAUUUGGUCUGGAGAGGCAAAGAAGAAAUGAAGGGCAUGGUGAUAUCAGUGUCUACCGGAUUGAGCUGUGCUCGUCCAUUAUACGAUAAUGAACUGUUGGUCUAGUCUUUAUGCGAUAUGAAUAUAAUCAUUCAACCGAGGUACCAAGGUUGUAUAUACAGUAAACAUGGAGGCCUGCGUUCAUUAAAAUAUAAACUGGCCACAGACAACGCAGAUAAUGGUUACAGUUCCACAGGUCGAUUGGUU